AUGGAGACGAAUUUUAUAUACAGUAAAUUUCGAAAUGAAUUCGGUAAACAAUGUAUUUUUUCGGAUCGUGGACCAGAACUUAUUGAUAAUUAUCCACCUGAUAAACGUUUGAUAAAAGAUCGAUAUAUUUAUCAAGAACCAUGUCAUAAGGGCACUAAUUAUGAACCACAAUAUGCCUUGCAUGAGAUUAAUACUGAAGUAAUCGAAUAUAAAACAUCGUUGGUUACACAUGUGGAAGGCGGUUGGCCCAAAGACAUCACUUACAAUGAUUUGGAACAAACAGAUCGAUAUCGACGUAAAACUAUGAAAGAUGAUUCUUAUAUUCAUUCAGUUUUAAGUUUAUCAGUGCCUAUUGAAGAAUGUAUAUUUCAAAACAAUGCUGUAAAUAUAUACCAAAGCUACUAUUCAGAUGUAAUUCCAACUCCAUUCGUAGAACAAAAUAAUUGCCGAACUGUUAACGUUUACAAAAUGCCUGGUUCACCAAGACCGAUCACAAAUUUAUCAUGGAGUCCAACGGGUGCUCAUUUAGCGGCCACACAUUGUGAUAUGAAAUUUCAAUGUGCUGAGCCAGCUUCUUGCCAAAGUUUUAUUUGGGAAGUUGAGAAUCCAAAUAGUCCUGAUUUGAUUUUAACUCCUGAUUGCCCUUGCUGUUCAAUUGAAUAUAAUACUAAGGAUCCAAAUAUUUUAUGUUGUGGUUUGCUAUCAGGACAAGUUGGAUUUUUUGAUAUUCGACGUGGUCCUAGUCCAGUUACUGUAUCACCAAUUGAAUUGGCACAUCGUGAUCCCUGUACCCAAAUUUAUUGGAUUACUUCGAAAUCGAAUACUGAAUUUUUUAGUGCAUCUUAUGAUGGAACUGUUAAAUGGUGGGAUAUGAGAAAUAACUUAGAAGAAAAUACAGAUCAAAUGGUUAUGGAUAUUUCGAGAUCAGAAGAUUUACAAAUGAAAAGGGCUGUAGGAAUAUCAACUUUAGAGUUUGAAAGUACUAUGCCAACAAAGUUUAUGUUUGGUACAGAAACUGGUAAAGUUGUAAUUAUAAAUCGUAAAGGAAAAACAAUGGGUGAGAAAAUUGCUGGCGUAUUUAAUGCACAUCUAGGACCCGUGUACCAAUUACAAAGAAAUACAGCAUUUUUAAAGAACUUUUUAACAAUUGGUGAUUGGACGGCACGCAUAUGGGCUGAAGAUGUACGAGAAAGUUGUAUUGUAUGGACAGCUUUUCAUAAAUGCUUUAUACGUGAUGCAUGUUGGAGUGCAGCAAGAUAUUCAUUAUUUUUUACUGCACGCGAUGAUGGUGUAAUGGAUUGUUGGGAUGUUUUGCAACAACAGUAUGCACCGAUUUAUACAAUGAAAGUUAGUGACGAUCCAUUGAGAAAAAUAGUAUGCCACUCUGAGGGAAAGAUGGUAUCUUUAGGAACAGCAAGUGGGACAGUAUAUUUGAUCGAAGUCAGUGACAGUAUGGUUGAUAAUACUGCACGAGAUAAACCAUUCCUAACAGCUAUGAUGGAACGUGAAAGCAAACGUGAAAAAAUUUUAGAGGCAAGAGCUCGUGAAAUUCGUUUAUUAAAGUCAACUAAAGGAGCACCAGCCAAAGAAGAUGAAAGCAUUGCAUCAGAAGCUCCAGAAGGUGAAGAUCCAGAGGUUGUUGCCGCUGAGCUAGAGUAUUUCACAGAUGUUGAAAAAGCAUUAGCUCAGUAUCAGCAACACGAUGAAGUUCCCAAAGGAACACUUGGUAAACUAGAAGAAGAAACUGGAUUGGACAAGAAAAAAACAAUGGAUUCAGAAGAAAUAUCUGAGAAUUUAUUGUCCAGAGAAGCAGACGAUGGCGACAACGAUGAAUUAGAACUAAAAUAA